AUGCUUUAUGAUGGGUUCAAUCUCGUUUCCACUGUUAUUUUUGCAAUAAUUUUAUCUGUAGGUGGGGCUAUCGGAAUGAUAAUACCAUCGAAGGUUGAGAGAGAAUUUAUAAUCGAAUUCGGAUUUUUAGAUACCGCUCCAGAUGUUGGAUUCAUGACUAUCAUCAACCGAUUCUUCAAUUCAUUCUUGAUUGGCUCUAUUACCUGUUACACAAGUCUAUAUCUGUUUUUGCGAAAACAGAACAAGUUGGCUCUUCGAAGGUCGAGACGUUUGAGAGAAGGAGAAAAUCGGAUUUUUGCUCUCCUCCUAAUCACCACAUUUUUGUACCUGGCUCUGUUUACCGUUUUUGAAUAUAUCACUUUUCAAGACUGGAAUAAUGGAAGCGGAAGUCUUCUGGGGAAGUGGCUGAAACGGUUGGCAAUUGCCAACUAUUUACCGGAAAUUUCGCUGCCAGUAUUUUUCAUUGUGGACAAUUUGGAUUUUACAAAGAAAUGUCGAAGAUUUUUGGGAACACCAACUGAUGUGCAGAGAAUGUCAACUUGA